AAAACAUUACCCCCAUGUGUUAACCACACUGGCUUGAUGAUAUGCAUGGCGGAGACACCGUUGAUGCCCUUGCUAGAAUAUUUCCUCCUCUUUCUCUAUGUACGGGUUCACUGGAAGCUCGGUUUCACUGGCAAGUGAAUGUGGUGGUGCUGGUAAUGAUUGAGGGACAACUUCUUUGUACCAUCGCAAAGGAACUUCGUCCCCAGCUGAUCGGAUGACGGGGACCUCCGAUCGCAAGUGAAGCCGUGGGAUGCAGAAUGUGCGG